AUGCUAACUUGCUGGUGCCAAGAGCGCCAGGUCAAGUACAAGCAGGGUCUGAACGAGGUCUUUGAGCUCUUCGUUACGUUUGUGCGGGACUACACGCCGUUCUUCUCUUCUGAGGAGUUCGUGCCUUUGCAGUGUGCCUUCAUCUUUUUCCGACGCCUCCUCCUGUACCAUCGGCCGGAUCUGCACAAUCUCUUCGUAGAGAAGGAUGUGUGCGGUCCCGAGUUCUGCAUGCCCUGGUUUCUGACACUCUUUGCCAGCAAGACGCCCAUGAGGCUGGCCAUCCAGCUCUGGGACCGGCUCCUCGAACGAGGCGAGCCGCACUUCAUCAUCUUCCUCGCUGUCCUGGCCUUGGCGGAGAAGGCUCGCAGUGUCAAUUCCCGUGAAGAUCUGGAGAGCACUCCCGGCAUGAGCAGUGGCCGAUGCAGGGUCAUGUGGGCGCGUGUCGCGGGGCGCGCGUGUCGCGGGGCGCGCGUGUCGCCUGCGCGAUUCAGAAAUUGGCCAGGGUUCAGGAAACCAGGACUCAGGAAACCAGGCGAAUGUUGA